GGUAGAUUGAACAUCGCUUACAUUGUAUCAUUUGACUGAACAAGCUACCUAAAUAAUUACCUAGUACAGCUAGAGGAAAUGAUUUCUGUUAUCAAUGCCGAUAACAUUUGACUGUCAGAGCGCCUAUUUUUGUUUUCUUUUUCUUGGACUCACGUACAACCAGACCUCUUGAAAUAGCGUCUCAGCCCCACAGAUGUGGAAACAUUACUCCGGGAUUCAAGCAAGGAGUCAAGGAGAGUUCGCUUCAAGGAGUAAGCCUGUAUUGGGGAAACUGCACUGAGAACCAGGCAGAGAGAGAAGUUUUUAAGGACGUGUGGAUGACAACGUUUCCCCAGCUGUGGACCAUGAUCUGAACCGAGGAGGACCCCGUCCCUGAGCGACCUCCAGUUCUUUUUUUAUUUUUCUUUCGCCGGUUCCUCAACCUGGGAACCUCCCGUUUUGGAUAGGUUGACCAGGAGACCGGCAAAUUCGAGAGAGAGAGAGAGAAAACGAACGAGCGAGCGAGCGAGAGAGGAAGAAAGACUUCCAACACCAAAGGCUUUCCUACGACAUAUAACUCCCCCUCCCACCCCCCCUCCUCCUUCUCCUCCUCCUCCCCUCCCCCCUCCUCCAAAUCUUGGGACAGAUCUUGGCCCCUUGACCCCCAACACGUGCCCCACUGAGUCCCCCAGCAGCAGAGUGCAGCCAUGGGGAGGAAAAAGAUUCAGAUUCAGAGGAUCACGGAUGAGAGGAACCGACAGGUGACGUUCACCAAGCGGAAAUUUGGGCUGAUGAAGAAAGCGUACGAGCUGAGCGUGCUGUGCGACUGCGAGAUCGCCCUCAUCAUCUUCAACCACUCCAACAAGCUGUUCCAGUACGCCAGCACCGACAUGGACAAGGUGCUGCUCAAGUACACCGAGUACAACGAGCCCCAUGAGAGCAGGACCAACGCAGACAUCAUCGAGGCUCUGAACAAGAAAGAGCAGCGGGACUCUGAGAGCCCAGAGCCUGAGGAGCCGUUCUCCCUCACCCCCCGCACUGAGGAGAAAUACAAAAAAAUUGACGAGGAGUUUGAUAAAAUGAUGCAGAGCUAUAGGCUGUCAUCCACGGUCCCGGCGCCCACCUUCUCCAUGCCCGUCACAGUGCCCGUCUCCAACCAGAGCCCGCUGCAGUUCAGCAGCAACCCCAGCAGCGCCCUGGUCACCACCUCCUUUGUCACCUCCACGCUCACAGACCCGCGCCUCCUGUCGCCGCAGCAGCCCGCCCUGCAGAGGAACACCGUCUCGCCCGGCCUACCGCAGAGACCCGCCAGCGCAGGUGCACUUCUGGGAGGUGACCUCAACAACUCCAAUGGCGCGUGUCCCAGCCCAGUGGCAAACGGGUACAUCAGCGCCAGAGCCUCCCCGGGCCUGCUGUCCGUGUCCAAUGGCAACAGCAUGGGGAAAGUAGUCCCGGCCAAGUCCCCGCCCCCGCCCAGCCCUCAGAUGGUCAACAGCCGCAAGCCGGACCUCCGGGUCAUCACUUCGCAGGGAGGGAAGAGCCUGCUGCAGCUGACAGACGAGGAGCUGGAGUUGGUGAGUGAGAAUGCCCAGCGGUUAGGCGCCUCCCAAGUGACCCAGCCACUCACCACGCCAGUGGUCUCCGUGGCGACGCCAAGCCUCCUGACACCCUUCUCUGCCAUGCCAACAGCCUACAACCCAGAGUAUCAGCUGACGAGUGCCGAUCUCACUGCACUUCAGGCUUUCACGUCGCCAGGCGGUUUGUUGCCAGGCAACAUGACUUGGCAACAGCAGCCGGUAUCCCAGCAACCACAGCCUCAGCAGCAGCAGCAACAGCAGCAGCAGCAGCAGCAACAACAGCCCCAACAGCUCAGCCUGGCCUCGCUCAGUAACCUGGUCAUGUGGGGCGCAGACAAACAGAAUGGGGAGAUGGCUAACUGCAUCUCCAGCUUUGCAGCUAACCUCAGCGUGACCUCACAGGCGAGCUUACUGCUGGGCAGAGAUGAGGGGCUCAGCUGGCCGGUGGGUCACCUACCUCAGGGCGCCACGCUGACCGUCAACACUAACCCCAACGUGAGCAUCAAGUCGGAGCCCGUCUCCCCCAACCGGGACCGCAGCACGCCCAGCGGCGUCUCCUCUGCCAACUCUGCGGCAGCCGCGGCCCAGGCGGCAGCGGCGGUGGCGGCCGCCUCCGGGAACCAGAGCUUGGCCGUGGCGGCAGCCGUAGCGGCGGCGGCGGCGGCGGGAGCAGUGGGCGGGGGAGGAGGCGGUGGAGGAGGCGGGGGUUUGGGCCAGUACCCUGGAGCGCUGCGUCUGGAGCCUACAGGGCGCUCGCCCGUCGACAGCCUGAGCAGCAACGGCAGCUCGUACGAGGGGAGCGAUCGCGACGACGGCGGCCAGGGCCAGGGCCAGAACCGUCCCCCGCCGGACUUCGCCACCACCAUGGGCCUGCUGAGGCCCUCGGGCGACGGAGGGGCUGGGGGAGGAGGUGGGGCGGCGGGGGGAGCCGACCAGUCGGAGCAGGGAGCCAACGUCAAGCGCAUGAGACUGGACACUUGGGUCACAUAAAGCGGAUCCGGAGUGGGGGCUCCUGUCCAGUCCAGCGCACGCACAUCAACACACACACACACAAACACACACACACACACACACACACACACACACACACACACACACACACACACACACACACAAACACAUAACCCUCUCCUCCUCCCUAGUCCUGUGCACACACACACAAGGAUGCAUGUGUGCGUGCUGACACAUAUAUAUUUAUACACGCACACACUCACACAUACAAACGUCAUCAGAAAGAACGCAGCCAUGCAGUCACUUGAUCGCUCACAUAACCGCAGAAGGCACUGCCCUCUUGUCAACCCCUAGUCCCAGCCUCUGAACCACACACACACACACACACACACACACACACACACACACACACACACACACACACACACACACACACACACACACACACACACACACACACACACACACACACACACACACACACACGAUACCUUCCCAUCAUCAAGAGAUACCAAGCACACUGACACCACCAUCCCCCUCCUUUCUCACGUAUGCCCAUUGCGGUUAGAGUGAAAUACCCCAUGCAUGCCUGUGCAUGCAGAAAACACAAACUGUCCACUCACUCUGUCUCUAGCUCACACACACACACACAUACACACACACACACACACACACACACACACACACACCGACUCACACACUUAUGCUUUGAUGUAUGCACAUUCUGUAUACAGUUAGGACACACACACACACAUGCAAACACCAGAGCAUGUCACGGAUGGUCGCCAAAACCAGGGAUAUAUUAUAUAUAAAUAUAUAUAUAUAUGAAUAUAUACUAUACAUGUCAGCAUAGGCUGUUGAGUGACAAAACAGGCCAUUUUGGGGAGAGUUAGUGAUUUUUGCUUUUGCUCUGUAGCCUGGCUUCUAUUUGUUUGUGGUUUUGAAAUGGGUUUCUCGGGGCAAUCCCAGAAGGGGUGCAUGGGUA